AUGAGAAUGAUUGUCUCUCAUUUUCACGGCCAACAGGGUGGCAUUCCGACGAGGGGUCGAUUUCAUCAGUGUGAUCAGAAACCUUCAGGCAACAAGACUCCUGCGAUCCCACAUUAUGGCCGACAUCAACGUUCGCAUCCCGGAUCUGAUCGAGAAGAAAAAGGACGGAAAAGAGUUUACGGAUGACGAGAUUAAGUUCUUCAUUGACAAAUUGCUCUCGGGAGGUGUGGCAGACUCCCAAUUGGGAGCUUGGCUGAUGGCCACUUGCAUCCGCGGACUCAACACCCAAGAGACUUACGCUCUUACUAAGGCCAUGACUGAUACAGGGUCCAUGCUUCAAUGGCCAGAAGAGUGGAAAUCCAUUUUGGUGGAUAAACAUAGUACUGGGGGAGUGGGCGAUAAGGUGUCGUUGGUUCUUGCCCCAGCUUUGGCUGCCGUCGGGCUCAAAGUCCCCAUGAUAUCUGGUCGGGGCUUAGGAAUUACAGGAGGCACUUUGGACAAAUUGGAAUCCAUCCCAGGAUAUCGGGUAUCGUUAUCGGUAAAGGAGAUCCACAACAUCUUGGAUCAAGUGGGGUGUUGCAUAGCUGGUCAAACGGGUACAAUUGCUCCCGCAGACAAGAAAAUGUAUGCAUGCCGAGACAUUACGGGUACUGUUCAAAAUUUGAGUCUGGUGACUUCCUCGAUUGUCUGCAAGAAGGCUGCAGAGAAUUUGAGGGCUCUAGUCUUGGACGUCAAGUUCGGGAACGGGAGCUUUUGCACGACAGAGGACGAGGCUGCCAAAUUAGCUGCCUCGUUGAUUAGUGUUUCCAGGAAGUUUGGCAUGAAAACCUCAGCCGUGAUAUCCUCUAUGAAUUGCCCAUUGGGAUGUACAGUGGGCAAUUCCUUAGAAGUUGAGGAGAGCAUUGAGUGCUUGAAAGGCAAAGGCCCUGCCGACUUGCGAGAGCUAGUGAUCGUGGAAGGAAGUCUUCUCAUGGCUUCGGUCAAAGACAUCUCCUUAGAGGAAGGCGAGAUUGCCAUCAAAACCGUGCUAGACGAUGGGUCCGCUUUGUCCAAGUUUAGAGACAUGAUAAUGCUCCAGGGGGUGUCCCGAGAGACCGCCGAAGACUUGUGCCAUGGAUCAAUUUGGAAGGCUCUCAAAUCUCCUCAAACCACCACAGACAUUAAGGCCAAGAAGUCGGGUGUGGUGCGGAACAUUAAUGCUCGAAAAGUGGCCACUGUCAGCCAGUUUCUUGGGGCUGGUCGAGCUCAACCUUCGGAUCAAAUUGACCAUAGCGUUGGGGUGAAACUAAAGCUCUUGAAUGGUCAAAAAGUGGGAUUUGGCGAAUCCUGGGCCACCGUCUAUCAUCAGGGCGAGGCAUUACCCGAGCACCUUCUGGAAAUCAUGGCAGAGGCCAUUGAGAUCGACGAGGUCGCUUGUUCCACCAAUGGAGCGUCCCCAUCUCCCAGCAAAAUCGUGAGAACUGUUACCGACACAGAUGCAACGAACAACCUGGUCCAAUCCCUUUCAUGAGACAUGUCAAGUUUUCUUUUCUGUUUCGCUUUUAAAAAUGCUUCUUCUUGCGUUGCCAUUUUUUCUUUACUGCCAUCGCACAUGCGGGAAAGUAAUGUUCUCCUUUAUAAUAAAUUCAUAUCAACCAAG